AUGUCUACGUCGGAGUGGCCACCGAGCGCCACCCCCGGCAGUCAAACACAUGCUGGUAAGGCCGCCACGAUUUUGUUUCCCAAGGACCCAGCGAAGCAACCCAAAUGGUUGGUGGAGCCACUGCAUGAAGACUGGUUCCAUCGCGGCCGCGUGAUACGGCUAGACGACAAGGAGGCCAACGGAGCCCUCCGGGGUCGCGUCCUAGCGAUCGCCGCCGUCUCGUCCAGCCACCUGCCACAAUGCGUCUCGCUGUGCAAGCACCAGAACUACACAGGGAAGGAGGCCCCCGCCCACUGGCUGAGCCACUCGGUGGUUUACUCGGAGGAGCAGCCAGAGCCAAACGAAAGCGACCUGAAUCGUGCCAUUCAACUGGUCAUGGAGGAGAAGACGACAAAGGUUGCGCCAAAGGUCUUUAUCAAUUACGAGCACACGUGGACACUGCCCAGCAACUAUCGGGAUAACUGCGUGGAAUUCCAGAACUUGGGUCAUGUAGCUGACGAUGAUCUGGAGGAUUUUGUUGCUACAUACUCACGCAUUCAGAAAGGCUUGCUGGACCGGACAAUGGAGUCCGUCAAGACCAAAGCUACGGACGAAGCAGAUGACUUCGCUAGAAGUCGACAGUGA